UUUUUUUGCCAUUUGAGGAAAUGGGUUCACUGACACUGAGCAAGGACGGAGAGAUGGAGCAUAUCCAAAUGCCUCACCAACUGCUGCUUCUGCGAGCUCUGAUAUGUAUGGUGCUGCAGUAUUAGACGCUUGUGAGCAGAUUAUAGCAAGAAUGGAGCCUGUUGCAUCUAAGCACAAUCUCAACACAUUCACUGAGCUAGUAAGUGCCUGCUACUUUCAACGGAUAGACCUAUCAGCUCAUGGUUUUCACAUUGUUCCUGAAAUUGACUUUGACUGGACAUCUGGAAAAGGGAACGCAUAUAGGUAUUACACAUAUGGAGCUGCCUUUGCAGAAGUAGAGAUAGAUACAUUAACUGGCGAUUUUCACACAAGAGCAGCUGAUGUAAUGUUGGACCUCGGAUAUUCUCUUAAUCCAGCCAUUGAUGUUGGACAAAUAGAAGGAGCGUUUGUGCAAGGACUGGGUUGGGUAGCUUUAGAAGAACUCAAAUGGGGAGAUGCAGCUCAUAAAUGGAUUAAACCAGGAAGUUUACUUACUUGUGGACCCGGGAACUACAAAAUACCUUCCAUUAACGACAUGCCGUUCCACCUCAAUGUUUCUCUGCUCAAGGGAAUCCGAAUAGAAAGGCAAUACAUUCAUCUAAAGCAGUGGGUGAGCCACCGUUCUUUCUUGCAGCAUCGGUCUUCUUUGCGAUAAAGGAAGCGGUCAAAGCGGCUAGAACCGAGGUGGGUCUCACCGACUGGUUCCCGCUGGAGACUCCAGCCACUCCAGAGCGUAUCAGGAUGGCUUGUUAUGAUGAGUUUUCAGCCCCUUUUGUAAGUUCAGAUUUCUCCCCUAAGCUUAGUGUUUGAACUUUAAAUUUCUUCAUCAGAGGGGAAAAGAUCAAUCAAUCUAUUGUGAGAAACUUUCAUAUCUGUAAGUUAUUUCCAGUCUUACAUUAUACAGAGUGCAUUACCUAGACAAAGAAACAAAUCAAUACCAAGAUAUGUGAAUGUAACAUUGCACGAAGCAGGAAUUGGUAGAGAUGAGAUAACAAUAUCUAGAAAAGCUUGUAACUUUUAUUCAAGGUGUAGUCAAAUUUCAAAAACCCUACACAAAGGGUUUUUACAAACUCGAAACGAUCCCAAAUCAGAAAAACACUCAAACCCUAGAUAACUAGAGAGGAAGGAAGUAAACAACAAAACCAAAAGCAAAAGACACCAUUAUUCAUUAAAAAAAAAAAAAAA